UCUUACAAAUGUAUGGCUUACAGGAAGCAUAAAGUAAAAGCGUCUGGAAGAAAUUAGACGCAGAGAAGGACAGUUCACUGCUUCAGCCUGUACCCUUGGAAAAACUUGAAUGAGUUUCAUUUUUAGUCACCAACAUUGACUACUGUUGGAUAAGUUUUAUUCUUUUAACAGCUGACAACGUCAGAAUGAACUGCCAAGAUGCUCCAACAGACCUCAUCACAGCAGACUGAUGCAAACUACACUAUAAUGUAUUGGAGGAAUCGAGAAACUUUUAUGGAAAACGUGGAUACAGCACAUCUUUGUUUUUAGAUGCUCCAUGCCGGUGUCUUCUGUAUUUUACCCAAAAACUUGUAUUGGAAGUUUUGUCCAGUGUCUGGAGCGUGCAGAGCCUCGUCGGACAGCAUCCCUGUUAAACUAACGGGACAUCUCCACACAGCUGCUCCAAGAUGAGAUGUGAUAAAGUGAUCACCUACUUGAGGAUUGUUGGGACGACACUGUUCGGCAUUUCGCUGCUUGUGGGAAUCUCUGCUGCUUAUAUCAUGGGGUAUAAGCUCAUAACGACUGCAGGCAACUACUUGUCCUUUGGCCUUUAUGGGGCAAUUCUAGUCGUUCACCUCAUCAUCCAGAGCUUGUUUGCUCUACUGGAACACAGGAACAUGAAACGUUCCCUGGAAACACCGAUCAAACUCAACAAGUCACUGGCCCUUUGCAUCGCAGCCUAUCAGGAAGACCCCAACUACCUGAAAAAGUGUUUAAUAUCUGUGAAAAGGCUCACCUACCCUGGGAUAAAGGUCAUUAUGGUUAUCGAUGGGAACAAUGAUGAUGACUGCUACAUGAUGGAGAUCUUUCGGGACAUCAUGGGCCGGGACAAGGCAGCCACAUACAUUUGGAAAAGCAACUACCACCAGAAAGGACCAGAGGAAACCGAUGAAUCGUAUGCUGAGAGCUUGCAGCAUGUUUCUCGCCUGGUUCUCAACAAUAAGUGUGUGUGCAUCAUGCAGAAGUGGGGCGGGAAGAGGGAGGUCAUGUACACCGCCUUCAAAGCCCUGGGAAGAAGUGUCGACUAUGUACAGGUAUGUGAUUCAGACACCAUGUUGGACCCGGCCUCCUCAGUGGAGAUGGUGAAGGUUCUGGAAGAAGAUCCCAUGGUUGGAGGAGUAGGUGGAGAUGUGCAGAUUCUGAACAAAUAUGAAUCGUGGGUCUCCUUCCUCAGCAGUGUGAGAUAUUGGAUGGCGUUCAACAUUGAAAGAGCUUGCCAGUCAUAUUUCGGGUGCGUUCAAUGUAUCAGCGGGCCCUUGGGGAUGUACAGGAACUCCCUGCUUCAUGUGUUCCUGGAGGACUGGUACAAUCAGACAUUCAUGGGAAGCCACUGCAGUUUCGGCGAUGACCGCCACCUGACCAACCGAGUCCUGAGCCUGGGAUAUGCCACGAAAUACACCGCCCGCUCCAAGUGCUUGACCGAGACGCCCAUUACCUACCUACGCUGGCUCAACCAGCAGACCCGCUGGAGUAAAUCGUAUUUCAGAGAGUGGCUUUACAACUCCAUGUGGUUUCACAAGCACCACUUGUGGAUGACCUACGAAGCCGUCAUCACCGGCUUCUUCCCCUUCUUUCUCAUCGCCACUGCGAUCCAGCUCUUCUACCAGGGCAGGAUCUGGAAUAUCCUUCUGUUCUUGCUGAUCGUCCAGGUGGUGGCGCUCAUCAAGUCUUCGUUCGCCAGUUGCCUCCGCGGAAACAUCGUCAUGGUCUUCAUGUCCUUCUACUCAGUGUUAUACAUGUCGAGUCUGCUACCAGCAAAGAUGUUCGCAAUAGCCACCAUAAACAAAUCCGGUUGGGGAACGUCUGGAAGGAAGACUGUAGUGGUGAACUUUAUCGGACUUAUUCCGAUAUCAGUUUGGUUCACCAUUCUUUUUGUUGGCAUUAUUUAUACAAUAAUCCAAGAGACACGAAAGCCUUUUCCAGAGUCCGAAAAAGUUAUUUUGAUAAUCGGCGCAAUUGUGUACGCCAGCUACUGGGUAGUGUUCUUGACUUUGUACGCUGUCCUCAUUAUGAAGUGUGGCAAGAGGAAGAAAGGACAACAGUAUGAUAUGGUUCUUGAUGUAUAGUAUUUCCCAGUGCCCUUGGUCCUUUCUACGUUUACAUUAAAAACAAUCUCAGACUGCUAUCUGAAAGCGGGAUGUCCACAGGUGACAAGAAGUGAGACAUCAUUGCUGCUGUGACUGUUACUAAGGAUAUUCCUUUGAAGUGAUAGAGGAAAAACUUUGCAAUGUGUGAGCUUUGACACUCUUGAUGUUUUAGUAUUCCACCACCAAAUGACAACUUCUUUGCACUUUCACGUUCACACUCAUUAUGCAUAAUGCUUGAUAUAGAACUUUAAGGAACAAAAUACCUCAGUGGUUAUGUUUGCAUUGUGUGAGUAUUUGGGAUAGAGUCUAACGAGACUCGUUUUUUUCUUAAGUAAUUUAUGAUUUUUAAUUUUAGCUUGUUUUUAUAUAUAUAUAAAAUAUAUUAUGUAUACGUUUUUAAACUGAAAUCCAAAACAGAACUUCUGAGUAUUUUUUUGAUUGUGCUGUACUUUGUAUUUGCAUAAUGUAUUUUAAUGCCUUUUAUAUAGACUUUUAUUUUUUGCUUUGCCACCAAAGAUUCUCUAUUUUCAAUAAAUAUGAGGAAAUGUAACUCUUUAUGACUUGCCUAUCUGACCAAAAUGUGAAAUUCAGAAGCUGGAUUUGUCUCUGUGAUGACAGCGAUAAAAGGCAAAUCUAGGCAUAAGUUAUUCAUUGACAAGAAGGGCGUUGAACCUGUGUUAUUAUAAUAAGUAUUAUGUGGAGGGAAGACCAGUCUAUUUAUACAGCAUAAUGGGUUAUAGCUUUCUUACAUGUCUCUUAGCAAAAUAUUUGUAAUAUGAAAUUAUCGUAUGCUGGUUCGGUUGAAUGUUUGAAUUGUCCUGUCAAAAUAAUUGACAGUUCCACACAAUCUAUGCAAUUUCUGAAUGUGCCAAUAUCACAUUGCUAUGUAAAUCUUCCAGAAAGUGACACAGGAGCAUUUGCAUAUAAAUGAGGGAGAGAUGCCUCUUGUGAUUGUUAUUAUUUCACAUAAUCUUAUGUCAUCCAUCAAUGUCCAGAACAUUUGCAAGAAAGCUUUUCCAGUGAUGCCAAACCUUAAUUUUCAAGUAAUGCCCUGCCUUAAUUUCCUGUAGAAGACCGGGUUUUAUUUACAAGCAUUAUUUUAAUGUUUACUAAAAUUUUAAGAACAUUAUGAUUUGAAGCAUAUAUCAAAUAUGGAUUGUAAUUGAUGAGGGCUUUUACAAAGGCAGUAUUGUCAUAAAGCACUUUUGUGUUUGUGCCAAAUAAAAGAACAUACUUUAUAAUA